AGGAAGCAAACAUUGCCUGUCAGCUGACUGUUCCGCUCUGUAGUCUGUAGUCCGCAGGCUGCAGCUGUUUUCGGAGCAGAUCGGUUCUGUUUUUGCGGCAGAAAUGUUACGACCGAAGGCUCUGACCCAAGUCCUGAGCCAGGCCAACACCAACGGAGUCCAGAGCACGCUUCUUUUGAACAGCGAGGGCUCCCUGUUGGCCUAUUCUGGGUAUGGGGACACAGACGCCCGAGUGACUGCCGCCAUCGCCAGCAACAUCUGGGCAGCCUACGACAAGAAUGGACACCAAGCCUUCAAUGAGGACAAGCUCAAGUUUAUCUUGAUGGACUGCAUGGAGGGCAGAGUAGCAAUCACGCAGGUGGCCAACCUUCUGCUGUGUAUGUACGCCAAAGAAACGGUGGGCUUCGGCAUGCUCAAGGCCAAGGCGGAGGCGUUGGUGCAGUACCUGGAGGAGCCCUUAACUCAAGUGGCAGCGUCAUGAAACUGACCUCCUUCCUGGAAAGUGACCAAUCAGCUGCCAGAUGUCUUGUUUGUGGAGGACCCCUGUGUGUGUGUGUGUGUGUGUGUGUCUGUGUGGAGCAUGUGUAAAUAAUAAAGUGUUUUCUAUGCUAACAAUAAAACGUAUGGAUUUGAUUCAC